AUGGGGCCCCCAGAAGAGCUGGUGGCCUCGUUCCGGUGGGCCAAAUGCUGUGUGGACUACCUGGACCAGCAGGGGGAGCUGGGCUGGUUGAAAUCCAUGGAGACUUUGCCUAUCUCAACCUGGUUUUCCGGAUACGGAUGCGCAGAGACAGCCUUCCAGAUGUUGGAGUCUGCGUUGAAGGGCAAGAGGGAGACAGAUGGGAAAUCGUUUUCCUCGAGUUACCAAUUCGAGAUAGCAGUCAAGGCCCGCCAAGCUUGCCUGGAUAGAAUUGAUGCACAUACAUGCCAGCACAUCGAUAUCCUGCGCAGGCUCCGAGAUGUGGAUCGAAUCGAGUUAGAAAAGAUUGAGCAAGCCAGCUCCAAUCCUUCAGAAGACUUGUGGGAGUUUUUGCUGAAGAAGCAAUUUCUUUCUGAAGGUCUUUGCUCCAGGCACAAGAACAGGUGUUCUUUUCCCUUGACAAUCAUGGACGUCACUGGCAGUAUGUGCUUGGGAUACUCCACCCUUGGAAAGAAAGACGAUGGGAAAUUGCUGAAGGAGAACUCACCUCAUAACAAGCUUAUGCUCAUAUGGGCUAUUCAUCAUGGACGGAAGCAAACCCCAGCUUUGAUCCAUGAAAACGUGCGGGGUUUCUCAAGCAGCUAUUUGUCAGCAAAGCUUGGACACUUUGGGUAUCGGUUUUUGACCAGUAUCCAGACUACUGGAGAGAACUGUGCGAUGAAAGCAAACAGCCGACAGCGCUUGAACCUAAGCCAGUAUGAUGUCUUCAUCUUGGAGAAGUACUUCAACCAGAUCCGGGACCCAGCUGAAGUGUACCAGCGUUUGGUGGAGCACCUGACUAGUGUCAUGAGACCCGUGGAAUUGCAACAUGUAGCCUGGAUGAACGGUCCCGAGUGGGAGAAGGACCUGCGGCAAGAGAUGGUGGAGAACCGCAAUCAGAAUAGUGUCAUGUCUGCUGAGGAAGCCAAAACAAUGGAGAUGACCGAUUGGACGGGGCUGCUCAGCUCCAAUGAGCAAGCCAACUACAGAAAAUACUUGGAGCAUCUCGGACAGCUAGAUCAGCCAAAAGAGCUCCGACAAAUACGAGCCGUUUGCGUGUCUCAAGAUCCAGAGUAUAUGUUCAUGGCUGGCUCAGAGGACAAGUUGCCCAGCUUCACCACUGAUAGCACACGGAGGAUAAUGCUUACGCAUUUGAACAGAUGGCUGUCAGCAAAAGAGAAGAUGUCACUCGCAGGAUUCCCUGUGCAUAAGGACAUGGCGGCAGCUGCAGGUGUGGGUUUGGUGGAGCUGGACAACACUUCACAAUGGCACCGUGGCUGUGGCAAUGGUAUGAUUGUUGGAAAUGUGGGAAUGGUGGUUCUCUCUGUUUUGAGCUCCAUCAGCCCCAAGGAAGACCUCCAGGCUGCUCUUUCUCAAGCAAUCAGCGACCAAGACAUGCUUGGAGUACCAGAACAGCUGAAAUUCCAUGGUGGCUGGAAGAAAUGGAGAUUGGAGGUGGGACAGUCGACACACAGUUUCGCAGCCAACGACGAAGCAGCGGCUGUGGCUGCAGCGAUGUGGGCCAAGAGCUGCCUUGCUCAUUUGGAUUGUUUACCAUCCAAAGCGCUGCUUGCAGAGAUCAAGGAAUCUGGCAUGGCAGCCAAGAGAAACAAAUCCAGCCAGAUCGAGGCAGUGCUCCACCUUCGUUACAGGGCCCAGAAGUUUGCCUGCAUUUGCUGCGCUGGUCCCAAGGUGAAGCCAGAGGUCAUAGGACCUCCAGCAGAUCACGCCGAGGAGAAGAAAGAAAAGCACGUGGUUUUGCCGUUGUCAGCUGUGUACUACACAGAGAUUGUCUCGGGCCGGAAAUGCUGGGAGUUUAGGUUGAGUCCGGAGGGCAUCAAGGCAGUUUGUGAAUGCAAGCACGAGCAAUGGCAGGUGCCUCAUGAACAUUCCAUUGGAAAUGAGGAAGCUGUGGAGGAUGUGCCCUAUUACAUCCACUACAGUGGUAAAAGAAGUCGACUUCUUCUUUUCGAUGAGAAUAUGGUGCCAGAGAUUGAAACUGCUGUCAAAGCAUCGGCCACCGCGAGGGCAUCAAAGCGGGAGUCUGACUCUGCGGGACAGAACUCCCAGUCAGCUGAGACAGGUGAUUCUGCUCCUAGACUGCCACAACGGCCUCAUGGAAUUCAGACUGUCCAGGAAACUCUUGCAGCUAUCAAGCAAUUGAAAGACUGGCUCCUUGAAUCCAUGGAUCUCUGUUUUCAGGAGCCGGAAAAAGCCUCAAAGGAGUUCCGAACCAAGGCCUUGGAGUUGGCAAGUGCCAACCCUGGUUUGUCAGACUUGCUGACGGAGUGCGGGGUUAGCGCUGAGGAAGGCUCUACAGCAUGCUUAAAUUUUUCUCAGCUUGCAAGUUUCCUGCGAAGGGCAGAAGGAGAGCAAGACCAGAUUCAGCAAGAUUUGCUGACAGCUGGCCCGGCUCGGAGGCCUCGUGGAAGACCCUUUGGGUCCACAAACAAGAAAACAGAGGCUGAUGGAGAGGACGCUUCCAAGAAGACCCGUCGCAAGAAGACUCCCAAAGGCAAGGCCACGGGCAGGAAAGAGCCGGAGGCUGAGGAUGAGGGCAUUCAGAGAGCAGAUGAGGAAAAAGAAGGUUAUCGAGAUCCAGGUUUGGAACAAGCAUCGCGGCCAAUUCAUCUGGGGCUGAACGGCCAAAAGCAUCUCAGCGUCGGUGUGGAGGAGAAUGUUAAGGCUUUGAUCUACUCAUGGCAGGAGAUGGCCAACUACAAGCGGCUCCUCCGGUGGAGCUGGACCAGUCGUGGAUUGGUCACACCAGAUGAGAUGAAAGAGCUUCAUCCCAAACUCAAUGAGGAGGAGAAGAAUGAACUUGGAGAAACAAACCCUAGUCCAUUCAAGCAGAUGGUGCAAGAUCCGCAGAAUGACAGCAACUGGCUGAGCCUACCCAUCCUCAUGCAGCAACAUGCUGACAAAAACUAUGCCCAAUACCAGGGAGAUGUAUAUGCCGCUAAGAAGCGGUUAGAGAUUCAUGAGAUCACACAGCGCAAGUAUGACACCAUUGUGGGCAACUCUCUACGCCCAUUGGUCCUUAUGAAUGGCACGGGUGUUCCAGCAACCCAGAAAUAUGUGAAAGCUCACCUGCAGAAGUGUUCUGACGGCACCAUGAAACUCAAG